CGUCAAUCCAUAACCACCAAUACAUUCUGCUUGGCUAAGCCGCCGACAGACCACACGCCGCUGAAGGGCUCAUGAGGAUACACUUGUAGGCGUGGGUGUAAUGGGUAUCGGCACCCUGGGCUCCCGCUGUCGUUUCUGCUACAACCAUGGCUCCUCCCGCUCAGAAUGGGCCUGAUGGCUCAUCACUUAAACCCGUCUCGUCGCUGAGGGCGAAGUUCGAGAACAUGAACAAGAAUGGCGAAUCUGCCGCCGCGCCUGGUCCCUCCCCGCCCCGAACAAUCUCUCCGGCCCCGAAGCCAGAGUUCCUUCGAGAUGCGAAAGCCUCCUCCGAAAGCCUCCCGAUCCCUCCGAGACCCCGUGAGCGCGCGAGCAUCUCGGCACCGUCACUCCCGCCUCCUCUGCACGAGCCCGUACCUCGCUCCCCCGGCCGCUCCCUGGGUGUUCCUCCUACCUUGAAACCCGAGCCGGUGAAAGCUCCUUCGGUCCUGGUAGAACCGCCCCAGUCACCGCCCAAGAACUCAAUCUCGAGGUUCUCCAUCGCCGAGGCGCCGGCCUUCCUAAACGCUGCCGACUCCGGCUCUUCCACCCCCACUACGCCAACCACUUCGCGAGCCUUCAAGAUCCCAAGUCGGCCGCACACCCCUUCGCUCGAUCCGCGACGUUCACCGAGACUGUCUGCUUCACAGCCGCCUUCACCACCACCCCCAAGACGAUCUGGCGAGAUACGACGGGACAACAAGCCCGCCGUGCCCCCGCCCAUCAACCGUGCCGAAAAGCCGUCGAUGCGAGACCAGCCAAAGGCUCCCUACUACGCAGACCAUCAAAUUGGGGCUGUUGAUAUCAGGGGCAAGCUCAGGGAAGAGACGUCUCCCUUUAGUAGCCCGCCUGGGAGCCCCGACAGUGUUCACGAACCGGCCCCUCCAACACUCCCCACCAGGCCAAAGGCGCUCGCAACGCAGACGGAACCACCACCACCCCAGAGAGGUAGACCCCUAGAUGUCGGAUUCGCACCGCCUCCCGUUCAUCAUUCGAUCAUGACGAAGAGGAACCAGAGGGAGCAGGAUACGAAUGGGUUCAUCAAGGGUCAGAUCACGCCGCAGAUUACGGGUGACCGGCCCAGUGUACCCGCUCUUCCCGCGAGGCCGCAGACCGUUGCGGAGCCCCCUCCGCGGCCGCCCGUGACGAUGAAACCGCCUCCGCGGCCUCCGAGGGCAGGCGUCAACACCCAUGUCGUCAGCCACUCCGUCAGCCAUUCCGUCGACUUCCAGCCACCGCCCAAGCGGAUCGUCUCGACCCCGACAACAACGCAUCUUCCGCCCCCAUCACGACUACCGGGGCGCGCGAAUACGGUGACGGACCGAACGUCACCGCGUCCGCCGCCUCCUCAACCACCUCAGCCUGUCCAGCACGUUCAGCACGUUCAGCCCGUUCAGCCCGUCCACGUACAGCCUGCGCAACCACCACCACCGCCCGAGCCGACUGUGUCUCUGAUUCCCUCCAGCAACACGUCAAAGGUCGAGAUCAACGGCAACAUACCAAACUUCCCGGACCCCGCAAACGUCAACCGACGACCGCCCUACAUAAAACAUGGCAUGCACGAAAUCCAGACCAAAUACGACCCGCGGACGUUCGACGUGUGCGGCGAUCUCAUCUGCACGACUGGCCAUCUGACACGAGUGUGGAACCUGCGGGAUGGCGAGUUGUUGAUGAGUUUUGCCCACGGCGAAGGUAUCAAGGCCACGGCUGUGGCCUUUAAGCCCGGCUUGAAUGUGGACGAGGAAGGAAAGAGACUGUGGAUUGGAAACAACUUUGGCGAGCUGAUGGAAGCUGACAUUGCGACGCAAAGCGUGGUUGCGAACAAGCCAGGAGCUCACAGCCGUCACGAGGUUGUCAAGAUUUACCGCCACUUCAACGAGAUGUGGUCGUUGGAUGAGAAUGGCGGCUUACUCGUCUGGGCCCCGGACGAAGAGACUGGGACGCCAGAUCUGACCAACAACGCCCAUCAAGCCUUCCGUCUGCCCAAGGGCCAUUCGUUCUCCAUGGUUGUUGGGGACGAGCUAUGGCACGCGACGGGCAAAGAGAUCCGUGUCUUUGCCCCAUCGUCAGACGGACAAACCCAAUUCCAAGUGCUGGUCCGCGCUCUGGCUCAGGACACGGCGGGCGAGGUGACUUCGGGAACCCAAGUGCGGUCACAACCGAACAAAGUCUUCUUCGGUCACGCCGAUGGCAAGGUGUCCAUUUACAACACCCAGGACUUUUCAUGUCUGGGCCUUGUCAACUUGAGUUCGUGGAAGAUCAACUCCCUCGCGGGUGUUGGCGAUCACCUCUGGGCAGGCUUCAAUACUGGCAAGAUUGGUGUCUAUGACAUGGAGCCCACGCCAUGGGCACAGAAGAAGGAUUGGCAGGCUCACGAAAAGAACCCCGUCGUGAAGCUCGUCUCGGACGUAUCGAGUUGUUACAGGCUGGAUCGCCACCAGGUCAUCUCUCUUGGCGCCGACAAUAUGGUCCGCGUUUGGGACGGCCUGCUGCAGGAUGACUGGCACGAGGCGGAGAUGAAGGCCAUGGACACGCAGUACUGCGAGUUCCAAGAUCUCAAGGUGCUGUGCAUGACGUGGAACGCGGGUGCUUCAACGCCUCACAGUCUGCGAUACGCACAAGAAGAUGCCGAGUUCAUCAAGAGCCUGCUCACGUCCAACAGUUCGCCAGACAUUUUGAUCUUUGGUUUCCAGGAGCUGGUGGACUUGGAAGAUAAGACGGCGACAGCUAAACGCUUCCUCAAGGUGAAGAAGAAGGAGGGCUCGGACCAGGAGCGCAUGAGCCAUCAGUAUCGCGACUGGAGAGACUUCCUCCUCAAGAGCCUCGACGACUACAUGCCCCCGGACUGUCUGUAUCACCUGCUCCACACUGCCACGCUGGUUGGGUUGUUCACUUGCAUUUUUGUCAAGUCGACGCUUAGAGAUCGGAUCCAGAAUCUGAGUGCAGCAGAAGUUAAGCGAGGCAUGGGAGGCCUUCACGGCAACAAGGGCGCAAUCGUGGUGCGGUUUAUGGUGGACGACACGUCAAUGUGCUUCAUUAACUGUCACUUGGCAGCGGGUCAGUCGCAGGCCAACAGUCGCCACAACGACAUUGCCGCGAUUCUCGAAGCACAAAUCCUACCGCCGGAGCGAGACCCUAGCGCUCGCCUCGAUAGCUAUGUCGGCGGCGGAGACGGCACCAUGAUCUUGGACCACGAGCUGUGUCUGCUCAACGGCGACCUGAACUACCGCAUCGACACCAUGUCGCGCGACACGGUCGUCAUCGCAGUGAAGCAGAACAAUCUCGCCAAGCUUCUCGAGCGAGACCAACUUUUGGUGGCCAGACGGCGCAACCCUGCCUUUAAGCUGCGUGCGUUUGAAGAAAUGCCCAUCACCUUUGCGCCGACGUACAAGUACGACGUUGGCACGGAUAACUACGACACGAGCGAGAAGAAGCGCUCGCCGGCGUGGUGCGACCGGCUGCUCUACCGCGGCGGCGGCAGGAUCAAGCAGGUGGAUUACAAACGACACGAAGUGCGCGUCUCCGAUCAUCGACCCGUCACGGGCAGGUUUAAGUUUACGGUCAAGAAGAUUCAGCCCAAGGCGCGGGCAAUGGCGUGGAUGGACUGCCAGCAGAGAUUUGAGGACCUCAAAUGGACCGAGGUCGACAAUGACAAGAUGGCAUACCUGACAAAUGUCAUUGGUUAUGACGAAGCCACGGCGCGGAGCAUCAUCCAUCCUGAAGCGGCCGCAUAAACUUAUAGAAGAGAAACGCCAGCGGACCACGCAUACAAACGUACAGAUGACUACUCUCGG